UACAAUAAUAAAAAAAUUCCUUCUUAAAUCGCCCUACGGUGAUCGAUUUCGCCGGCAACGGAAAAAGAAACCCCUAAAUAGAUAUGGCGGAGAAGCUUGCACCAGAGAAGCGGCACGAUUUCAUUCACAACGGGCAAAAGGUGUUUGAGUGGGAUCAAAGCUUAGAAGAAGUGAACAUGUACAUCACUUUGCCACCCAAUGUUCCUCCAAAGGCUUUCCACUGCAAAAUCGAGUCCAAACAUAUCGAAGUUGGCAUCAAAGGGAACCCUCCUUAUCUCAAUCAUGAUCUAAGUGCCCCCGUCAAGACGGAUUGCUCGUUCUGGACCCUAGAGGAUGAUAUAAUGCACAUUACUUUGCAGAAGAGGGAGAAAGGGCAGACAUGGGCAUCGCCGAUUUUGGGACAGGGUCAGUUGGAUCCUUAUGCCACUGAUCUUGAGCAGAAGCGGCUCAUGCUACAGAGGUUUCAAGAAGAGAACCCAGGAUUCGACUUUUCGCAAGCUCAGUUCACUGGAAAUUGUCCAGAUCCGAGGAGCUUCAUGGGGGGUAUUCGUUCUGACUAAGCGUAGUCCCACUCUUGUUUCUACAGUAUCCAUCCAUUAUAAACUCGAAAGUCACUUCGACUUAACAAAAUGUCUCAUGGCUCAUAAAUAACCAACCUGACUCGCUUCUGUAUAACUCGUAAUUGCAAUCAUAUAAUUCGUUCUUCGUGUCUGUUUAGUUA